AUGAACCACGGCUACGACUCUGACGAGGACUACGAUGACUAUGCGGCUCCGCCCCAGAUUCCGACACACGGUGGUCCGGGAGGCAUCUUCCAGCAUCUCAUGGCCGGCCUCGGUGGCGGUAUGCAAGGAUUUGGCCACGCCGCUCCCUCGGCGUAUGACGACUACUUCAAAGCCUACUCUGUCGCCAUGAUGAACGGUCGCCGCGAACGCCCCGAACUUCUUUACGGCGGCAAGAUCAUCAUGCCCCCUUCCGCCCUCGCAAAGCUUUCCGCUCUCGACCUUCCGUCUCCUUGGACAUUUCAGCUGCGCAACCCCAAAUCGCCUACGACCCAUACCACGCACGCUGGUGUCCUCGAGUUCAUCGCGGAGGAGGGGAUCGUGCACCUGCCGGCGUGGAUGAUGCAGACUUUGAAUUUAGAGGAGGGUGAUCCAAUUAGGUUGACGGGGGCGAUGUUGCCGAAGGGAAAGAUGGCCAAGAUACAGGCGCAGAGUACGAUGUUUUUGGAAGUCGCCGACCCGAAGGCAGUACUCGAAUCCGCCCUCCGAUCAUACUCUGUCUUAUCCCCUAACGACAUUAUCGAGAUCACCUACAACUCCCUCACAUUUGAAUUCUUGAUCAUGGAAGUCACCCCCGCCGGCCCAGGUAUAUCCGUCAUUGACACCGACCUUGAAGUCGACUUUGCCACGCCAAAAGGCUACGUCGAGCCUCCCCGCCCCGAGCCCAAACCCGUACCCACCAUGGCAGACAAGCUCAAUAUCAACCUGUCUGAAACGCAUAGCGCUGGGGCGAGCCGCCCGGGGACGAGUAUGAGUCAUAGGACUGGGGGGAGUGGGGGGCAGACGCCUUUGGAGAGUUUUACGGGGGUGGGGCAGAGUUUGAGUGGGAAGAAGGUGAGGGGACGGGGGUUGGCGAGGAAGAUUGAGGAGGUGGACCCUUCGAGCAAGAUCAACCGUAAUGAUCGCCCGCAGAUCAUCACUUCCGAAACUCUUGCAGACGCCGACAGAGUCAUCCCCGCCGCCCUCACCCUCCCUCCCGGCAAAUUCUUCUUCGGCUUCAGAUACACCCCUUACGACCCCUCCAAAGCGGCCAAAAAGCCCUCUGCCACUUCCGAGCCUGACCAACCAUUCGGUGGGUCUGGCAACAAACUCAAGAGUGGAAAAACCGUUGGAGAUAAGGGAAAGGGCAAAGCGAAGGAGAAGGAAGAAGAUACGGAGGAGAAGCCGGACCCAUGGGCCAAGCUUGGUGGAGGAAACACUCUCAAAGCGACCAAGGCGCCUGCGCCUGAGCCGGUCAAGCAGAAGACCAGGCAGGAGGUUAUUGAUGCUACGAUGUUGGAUGAGGAUGAUUUCAUGUAUGAAGGAGAGGAAGAUGAGGAUGAGGAUGAAGGGUCUGGAUGGGAGGGGGAUGAUGUGAUUGAGAUCGAUGACUCGGAUUGA